AUGCCCAGCCGACCUCUUCGCCAAGGGAUCUACGUCCCGCUACCGACCUUCUUCAAGGACGAUGAAGAGCUUGAUCUUGAGGCGUACUAUAAACAUGUACAAUACACCGCCGCGCGCGGGAUCCUGCCUGUUGUCUGUGGCUCUAUGGGCGAAGCUGUGCACCUCGACCACGAGGAGCGCGCUUCGCUGAUUCGUACUGCGCGUCGGGCGCUCGACGACGCCGGUUUACAGCAGGUGCCUAUCCUUGCCGGUGCAGGCCAAGCGAGUACCCGCGAAACCAUCAAGUUGGCGAAGGAAGCUGCCUCUGCAGGUGCCGAUCAUGUCAUCGUCGUACCUGGAGGUUACUACGCAGGCGCCCUGAGAAGCAACCCAACCACGCUCAAGCAGUUCUUCGUGGAUGUCGCGGCUGCUUCGCCGCUCCCAGUCAUGUUGUAUAACUUCCCCGCCGUCGCAGGCGGCAUCGAUAUGGACAGCGAUCUCAUCGAGGAUAUCUCCAUUUCUGCACCGAACACUUGCGGCGUGAAGUUGACUUGUGGCGCUGUCGGCAAGCUCACACGCAUCACGGCCCUCACUACCGACCCAUCCUUCGCGGCAACGCACCCGCGUACGGACCCGAACGCGCCAUGGACUACUCUCUGCGGUUUCAUCGACUUCUUGCUCCCGGCUGUCUCGUCCGGUGCAGGAGGUGCGAUUACCGGGGUACCGAACUUUGCGCCUAGAGUAUGCGCGCGGUUAUGGGAGCUUUGCCUCAGCGACCCACUUGGGACGGAAACUAAGUGUCUGCAGAACCUUGUGGCACGCGCAGAUUGGGCAGCCUCUAACGCGAAUAUCCCGGGUAUGAAGCGUCUGCUCAACGAGCUCUUCGGUUACGGUCGUCUGCCUAGACGUCCAUUAGUCCCUAUCUCUGACGCCAAGGCGGAGGCAUUCCUCAGCAAUGAUCACAUUCAGGCUAUCUUAACUCUUGAGAGACAGCUGGAAGCGGAGGCGGGGCCGCUGUAG